CAUGCGUGGUGAAGACGCCGGUCGGAAUGGCUGAGGAGUUGACAACUCUACACACAAAAACACAAAGCCGCGUAGAUUUAGAAUGGAAGUAAAGCUUUAUGCUUCAACGCCUAGCAUAUCUAACAUCUGGGAGAUUUCUACAGAUGAUGGCUGAGAAACCAGCCGAAUCUAACGGGAACAUUUUCCGAUGUGCUACCUUUAAUAUUCUGGCGCCAUGCUACAACCGGUUGAGGGGUUGGUGGAGUGCAUGGGAAAGCUCUAAGCCAAACCUCUACAUGAGAAGGUCGCAGUCUAUCAUAGACAUGCUCAAAGAACAGCCUCACUUAGACGCUAUAUGCUUACAAGAGUUCUGGUUUAACCAUGAUGUGGAGGAUCUGUUUGAAAGCAAGCUUGGAGACAAAUACAGGAUAUUGAAACUGAAGAGACAAGGUUACAAGAUGGAUGGUUUGGCUAUACUCCUUCACAGAUCUGCUAGCCUACUGGGUGUGCAGUCUUUUAAUUUUGAUGAUUACGGGAACAGGGUGGCACUAUUAUUGCAUAUAGCACUUCCAGAUCAAGAUAAGCAGGUUAUUCUAGCUACUACCCAUAUCUCCUACUGCCAUAAUAUACUCGAUGAGUAUGUUAGAAUGUCCCAAGUGAAGAAAGUAGUCAGCGGGAUAGAUAAAUUUCUUAAACAGAAAGAGCUCCAUUCCAUCCCAGUCAUCCUUACAGGAGAUUUUAACAGCCCAGAAACCAACCCUGUCUACCAGUUCGUCAAGGGGAGUGGCUUUGCCUCCUCAUAUAAGGUCGUAAAUGGAAGAGAGGCUGGAGUUACCCACAAGGACCACAGGGGAAGAGAGCUCUCAGUGGAUUAUAUAUUCUACAGAAAUUCAGGUUCAUGUGCGAUAUCCCCCAAGUCUUCAAUCAUGCUACCACAACAGUACAAUGAUCAGGUUUGGCCAGAGGAGUUCACCAUUUCUGAUCACCGUAUGAUUGUGACUGAGUUUGACAUGGGUAAAUCAGAAUAGCUGCCAGGAAAGUCUCAAUAUUAUACUUUUUAUAAACUUGAGACACACGGCAAUAUUCCAUUCUCUGGGGCUCAUUUCAUCGUAGUGUGCAGUUCCGCCCAGCCGUAACACCCUGUCCCUUUAUAUUACUGACUCAGCUAGUACACUAUUUACCAUCAUCCGCUGUGUUUUCAGGUAAAACGUAGUAUACAGGGGACGGUUUUGAACCGAAAAAUAUUUAACCGGAAAUGGUGUCAGUGUGUUACAGUAUGGCCGCCUUGAUUAGACAUGAAAGUCAUUUCCAAGCGAGCUAAUCAGAAUGGUUAGGGUCAGGCGUCAGAAUUUAUGUUUUACAUGGCCGCGAUAAUAACAAAAUGAGUGAUCUGUUAGCAAUCCUUUAUCGUUUGUGGUUGUAUACUCUAGGUGUAUCCAUCUAAUUCAAAACUCGUUCUCGUACAACCAUAGGUAUAUUUAUGUUCAUUGGGUAUUUAUCUACUGUUCUUGUCGAACGUCUGAUACUUUACGUUUACAAAAUAUGAUUUCCUUUAUUACUAUUAUUAUUAUUAUUAUUAUUUUGAUUUAUUAUUAUAUAUUAUUUAACUGUAUAUCUUAUUAGCUUUUAUUUAUGUACAAACAAGAGAUAUAGAGUUAUCAUUUCUACGCAAUUUCGAAAUAAAAAAAAGAAAGUGAAACACA